AUGGUUGUGAAUGCAUCUGACUGGUUGGUCCCGUCUGUGGGCACAGAGCAAGACCCCUGCAGUAACUACACUGAAGCUUGGUUGUGGCUGUCCUCCCUGCAGCCAGUCUACCUCGGUUUGAUCAGUGUCAUGGGGUUGGUGGGGAAUGGCCUGGUUCUCUGUGUGUUUUGCCUGCAGAGGAAGCCCUGCACAGUGGCCGAUAUCUACCUGGGGAACCUGGCGGCUGCUGACCUGGUCAUGAUAUCCUGCCUUCCCUUCUGGGCUGUCACCAUCUCUCAAGGCUACCAGUGGGACUUUGGAGAGGUCCUUUGUAAGCUAGUCAAUGUGGCCAUCUCUAUGAACUAUAUCUGCAGUGUUUUAUUCCUCACACUGGUCAGUGUGGAUCGAUACCUGGCUCUGGUGAAGCCCAUGAGCCCCAGCCGUCUGAGGAGAGCAGCCUGGGCCAAGCGUAUCUGUUUGGGCGUCUGGAGCCUGGGCUUCCUCUUCAGUCUGCCUAUCCUGCUCUUCCGCACAAUGUCAUACGUAGAGGAUCCUGGGGUUGAUGCCUGCAUUCUGGUCUACCCCCAUCCAGCAUGGAGGUUGCACCACAACAUCACCAGGAAUGUGUUGGGAUUUCUUAUCCCAGUUCUGGUGAUUGCUUACUGUACCCGUCACAUUGUGGCUGCACUGAACAACCGCGAAGCCAACGGACUCCCUGGGCUCAGGGCAGAGAGGAAGGCCACCUACUUGGUCCUGACUGUGCUGGCUGUCUUCCUCUUCUGCUGGACACCACACCAAGUGAUGCGGUUUCUUGACACUUUGGAUUACUUCCAGGUCACACCCGGAUGCCUCUGGGGUCAUGUCCUGGACAUCUGCAUCCAGCUGUCCACAUAUCUGGCAUACAGCAACAGUGCUGUUAACCCCUUCCUGUUUGUCAUCGUGGGGAAACAUUUCAGGAGAAGGUCAAAGGAGGUGUUUGGAAAAACUCUGAACCCCUGGUUUAAAGAGUUGAGCUUCAUUACAAUGAAUACACUAAAUCAAACACAGCGUAUAAGUAUUGAAAAAUUUGAAAACUCCUGA